ACUUGAAGAUUUUAACUGAAGCCUUUUCAGUUCUUUCUUUUCCUCUCCUCCACCAUGACUUCAUCAGCUUCUCUCCUUUCUCUAUCUUCACUCUGUUCAUUAGCAAACCCUCAGCAAACCCAAAUCCUCCUGAAACCCAUUUUCACUUCUUCCAGAAAAAACCCACCUCAAAUUCUAUCCAUUAAAUCAUCUAAAGGUGAAGAAACCAAUAACAAAAAUGGUUCAUGGGUUAGUCCAGAUUGGUUAACAUCAAUAACAAAAUCACUUAGUAAUACUAGUAAUGAUGAUUCAGGUAUACCAAUUGCAAGUGCUAAACUUGAUGAUGUUUCUGACCUUUUAGGUGGUGCUCUUUUUCUUCCAUUGUUUAAAUGGAUGAAAGAAUAUGGACCAAUUUAUCGUCUUGCAGCUGGUCCUAGGAAUUUUGUUAUAGUUAGUGAUCCUCUUAUUGCUAAACAUGUUUUGAGAAACUAUGGUACUAAGUAUUCUAAAGGUCUUGUGAUUGAAGUCUCUGAAUUCUUGUUUGGGUCUGGUGUUGCCAUUGCUGAAGGCUCCCUUUGGACGGCGAGGCGACGGGCAGUGGUUCCAUCUCUUCAUAAGGCGUACUUGUCGAUAAUAGUAGAUAGGGUAUUCUGCAAGUGCGCGGAAAGGUUGGUAGAGAAACUUAAAACAGAUGCAGACAAUGGUACACCUGUGAAUAUGGAGGCAAAAUUUUCGCAGUUAACUUUAGAUGUUAUAGGAUUAGCAGUGUUCAACUACAAUUUUGAUUCACUUACUGCUGAUAGUCCUGUUAUUGAGGCUGUCUAUACUGCGCUAAAAGAGGCAGAGGCUCGUUCAACGGAUCUUUUACCUUAUUGGAAGAUUGAUUUGUUGCGCAAGGUAAUUCCUAGACAAAUCAAAGCUGAAAAGGCAGUUACUGUUAUAAGACAAACUGUUGAAGAACUUAUAGCAAAGUGUAAGAAGAUUGUUGAAGCUGAGGGCGAGCAGAUUGACGGGGAGGAGUAUGUGAAUGAUGCAGAUCCUAGCAUCCUUCGCUUCUUGCUUGCAAGCAGAGAAGAGGUUUCAAGUGUACAGUUGCGAGAUGACCUUUUAUCAAUGUUAGUUGCUGGCCACGAGACAACCGGUUCAGUCUUGACAUGGACACUAUACCUUCUAAGUAAGGACCCACCAUCCUUGAUGAGAGCUCAAGAAGAGGUCGACAGGGUUCUACAAGGAAGAUCCCCCAAGUACGCGGAUAUAAAGGAACUCAAGUAUGUGACACGCUGUAUAAAUGAAUCACUUCGUCUCUACCCACAUCCUCCUGUGUUGUUAAGGAGAGCUCUAGUUCCUGAUGUGCUUCCUGGAAAUUACAAGGUCAAUGCUGGUCAAGAUGUAAUGAUAUCGGUGUACAAUGUCCAUCGUUCUCCCCAGGUCUGGGAGAAUGCAGAAGAAUUUAUGCCUGAAAGAUUCGACUUGGGUGGACCGGUUCCUAAUGAAACAAAUACAGAUUUCAGAUUCAUUCCAUUCAGUGGGGGGCCUCGAAAGUGUUUAGGUGACCAGUUUGCGAUGAUGGAGGCAAUUGUUGCACUUGCUAUUUUCCUUCAGCGCAUGAACUUUGAGCUAGUUCCAGAUCAAAACAUCAGCAUGACUACUGGAGCUACUAUUCAUACAACAAAUGGUUUGUACAUGACACUGAGUCAAAGACAAGUUCAGCCUACAUUUGCUUCUGCUGCUUCUAGGUAAGUAGUUAUAUUCUUAUGUAAAUUUUGUGUUUUAUGUAACAAAAAUCACUCAAUUCCAAUUAUGUUGCUGUUGUAAUCGAAGCUGUACACCACCACAUUGAAAGUACAAUGUAAAGUUAGCUAUUAUUUCUAAAUGUGGCUGGUAAAUGAGCAAUCAAAAUCUUGUGGACACAGUUAUAUUUGGCUUUUCAUGAAAACAGAACUAGUGACCUUGUACCAUUAGAAUUUGUGUA